GUAGCUUUUUGGCAACUAGUCAGAUUAAUUUGUCGCAUCCAGCAAAAGUAAAAUAAAAUCGCUAUUAUUCUCUAAUUAUGUAGAUAUCGUACAUAUAAAUGAAUACAAUUAUGCACAUUAGAGAUGCAUAGCGUACUAGAUUUUGCAGAAGAAGACGAUAUUUUUCCCGUCAAAACCUAAAGCUGCCUCUUUGUUUAGCAUUAGCCGCUAGCCCUUAUCCAGCUGUGCAAAAGAUUAAAAGCAAAAAUUAACCUGGAUCCAUCUCGCCAGUUCCACCUUCACCAUGUUUCCCUGCGACCAAUGUGGGAAGAGCUACUCCACCCCGACCAACCUCAAAAACCACCAGCGCCUUCACACGGGGGACAAACCUUUUAGCUGUGAAUUCUGUGGAAAGUCGUUUUACUGGAAUCACGAUUUGACUAAACAUUUAAGGGUCCACACUGGCGAGAAACCGUUCGGAUGCGACCUGUGCCACAAGGAAUUCGCCACCGCUCGGAAACUCAAACUCCACAUUCAGAUCCACACGGGAAACAGACCUUUUAGCUGCGAAGUUUGUGAUAAAGCGUUUGUGCAGAAUCACGACCUUCGGAGACACAUGAUUAUACAUUCGGGGGAGAAGCCUUUCAAAUGUACCGAGUGCGGGAAGACGUUUAUGCGCGAGGAGAAACUCAAAAUUCACGAAAGAAUUCACACUGGAGAGAAACCCUACUCUUGUGAAGAUUGUGGGCAGAUGUUUGCGCAUUCGUACACGCUCGACAUGCACAAAAGACUUCAUACGGGAGAAAAACCGUACAGCUGUGAAUUCUGUGGGAAAACUUUCAUCCGAAGCACGCAUUACAAAGAGCAUAUCCGUCUACAUACCGGUGAAAGACCUUACAAUUGCGAUCAAUGCAAAAAAACAUUUAGGACGUCGUAUUUGUUAGCAGCGCACAAAACUACACACAAUAAAGAGACGGUAAUACCAUGUGAAAUAUGCGGUAAGAUCAGCCACACAAGAGGGACCUACGCCUACCACAUGAGGAGGUACCAUCCGGAAUGCAAGCCCCAAAAUCCCAAUCCGAUUAGGAAUUUCUCAAGGUUCAAAUCGAAACAGCAAAAAGAUGCCGAACAACAAGAGGAAGAGGAAUCACCAGAAAAGCAAGUUAAAAACGAGGAGGAGGAGGAACCAGCUGUUGAAGGCGUUUCCGGGGAGCAGAAAUCAAGUGGGGACCAAGAACAGACUGAAACUGUAGUUAAACAGGAGGCAGAGGAUGGGUCCGAUUUGGAAGAUUCGGAGGAGGAACAAGAUGAAAAAUUUGAUCCAAAACUUAAAACUCUUAAGGCUGAGUUAGAAGAAGAAGAGGAAAACCAAGAAGCAUUUCAAACUGUCGUGAAACAAGAAAUGAAAGAGGAGUCAGAUCCAGAGGAGCAGGAAUUUCUAAAUAUUAAGAUCAAAGAGGAGCCAGAGGAUUGAUUUCUAUUAGUUAGAAAUGUUCAUGAAUCUCCAACAUAUUUAUUAACUCUUUUUAGAUGACAUUAACACUCAAAAUACAAAAUAAUUAUUUCUAAUAUAAAGAUUGGACCCUGUAAAUCCGUGUAUCAUUCGUUCAUUUUUUUUUCAAUCUAAAAUCAAAUAUACAAAAACAUUUGUCUCCAAAACCAAAAUGAAAAAAUGGAUAACAAUUUAUUUUUUCAGUUUUUGAUUUUGUGUUUAAAUGAAUAAUGGAAAAUGCAGAUAAGUCCCGUUUCCGUGACUUAAACUGCAAUGCUGGACUUUUGGGCCACAUACGGACUGAGACCAGGACUGAAAACAGUUUAGUCCUGUUUUAGUUCUGAUUCAGUCCUGGUUCAGUCCGUAUGCGGCACAAAAGUCCAGCAUCGCAGUUUAAGUCACGGAAAGAAAAAACUGCCGUUAAUCAUUUUUUUCCAUUAUUCAUUUAAACACAAAAUCGAAAACUGAAAAUAUGAAUCGUUUUCCGUUUUUUUCAUUUUGGUUUGAAGACAAAUAAUGAAGAAAACUGUUGUUUAAAACGAUUGAACGAAUGAUACAUGGAUUUCUGUCACUAUCCCCUCAUGAAGUUUAAGGCCCUGUACCCGAUUUUUGUCCGCAUGUUUAUGAGCUCUCUGCGUAAAAUAUCAAGCGUUUUAUACUCUUGAUAAUCAGGAAGUGCGUGUUAGUUGAUGUUAGCUUUCCGCCAUGGCAAAACCUCACUCUAGUCUCUGAGAGUUGCGAAAAGCAUUUAUAAACUCAUCACGGUGAAUAAUUAAGAUGCUCUGAAUGCAUAAGGUAAGUGAGGAAUAACUUUGGACCACUGCAAAUGGUUUAAAAUGAAUCCUUUGAGAAAAUCAGGUACAGUGCCUUUAAAUAUUUAUAGAAAUUCCUGUUGGAUAUCUUAUAAUUCUUCAUUCCUGUUUUGAUUUCAAUGGGAUACAUCUUUUAAAAAUACCAUAUAAUUAUUACAGGGAUACUAGAACAUCAGCACUUAGUUUAGCUUGAAGUGUCAUGUUUAAAAAUUCUAAACUGGAAGCAGCAAAACACAAAUUUAAGGAAAGAUUAGAUUUUCCUGCUUCCUCAUUAACAUUGAAGUCUAGACUCAUUAUACAGGAUAGGGUAGGGCAUCUGGCAUAAAACAGGUUACAACAGUGUGAUUAUUGGUAGUCUUGCUGAACUGAUGCAUGAAGGAAAGGACAUUUUGCUGGAACAGAUUAUUUUUUUGACACUAACUUUACUUUUUCACAGAUUAUACUGACAAAUUAUGAACACACUGGCUUCUCAUUCACUGUUAUGGUACUGGCUCACAAAUGUACUUCAAAAGUGCUUUUUUACUGAACAAAUCAAGCGCUCAAAGUUAAUUUAUUUAUAUAUUUUUUAUUUCAUUUUACUGUACAGUAGCAUCACUGUUGUGAUAAAAGAAAACUCUUUAAUAAUGUAACUUCCUUAGACACAUAGAUCGCAAACUCCUGUUAUUAGCCGUUUGCAAUUUUGCCAUGAUAAAUGUUGCCAAGUUAAACUGGGGCAUUUAGCUCUGACAUACUGUAUUUAAACAUUUAAACAGCUUGCUAAUAAAAUUGUAUAUUUA